GAAGAUUUUGGUCAAGCUGAUGCACUGUCCAGACUUAUCAGGAACCAUUCUACUACUGAUGAGGACACACUCAUAGCCAUAGUAUCAACCGAAGAGGAUUCCGGUGCUACUGUAUUAGCGAAUGCCAUUCGAGCAAUGCCUGUUACCGCUGAAGAUGUUCGGGAAGCUACCAGAGAGGACCCGAUUAUCCAAAAAGCGAUCACCUAUGUUCUGAGUAGAUGGCCAGUUAAGCAGCUGAGUGGUGAUAUGCAACAGCUAGCGAAUCGUCGCAGUGCUCUCUGUAUUGUUAACGAUUGUCUGAUGUUCGGUGAUCGCGUAGUAAUUCCAACAACCCUACGUUCCAAGAUCCUACACCAAUUCCACUCGGGACACCCAGGGAUAAACCGUAUGAAAUCCAUCGCUCGCAGUUAUGCAUAUUGGCCGAAUAUGGACAAGCAGAUUGUCGACUUCGUCAAAAGAUGCUCGCAUUGUCAAAAAGCUGCCAAAAAUCCUCCUAAGUUGCCUCCAGUACCCUGGCCAAACUCGGAAAAACCCUGGUCGCGAGUGCAUAUUGACUUCAUCGGACCUCUAGAUGGUACCACAUAUCUGAUACUGGUUGACUCCUACUCCAAAUGGCCGGAGAUAUUGCCGAUUGCGCCACCCUCUACAACUCGAACUAUCAAACUCCUUAAUCGGAUCUUCGCUCAGCAUGGUCUUCCAGAAACAAUAGUAACAGACAAUGGUUCACAAUUCACAUCUAGCCAAUUCCGAGAAUUUUGCCUGCAAAAUUCGAUCAACCAUGUCCGUUCUCCGCCAUAUCACCCGCAAUCUAAUGGUCAAGCUGAAAGGUUCGUUGAUACAUUUAAGCGAGCCAUGCUUAAAUCACGAGGGGAGGGGACCACAGAAGAUAUCAUAGAACGAUUCCUAGUUGCGUACCGGACGACCCCGCAUGACUUAUUGCCAAACUCCAAAUCCCCUGCUGAGAUGCUUAUGGGGCGAAAGCUACGGACAGUUCAUUGUGCGAUGAAACCUAAGCAAGUGGCGCAACAAAACCCCCAGAUGAAGAAUACUCGAAUUCCCUACGAAGUUGGUACAAAAGUGUAUGCGCGAGACUAUAGACACGGAAGUGAUAGAUGGGUAGAGGGUGAAAUCACAAAGAAACACGGGAACGUCAUGUAUGAUGUCAAAGUGAACCAAGAAAUCUGGACCAGGCACCACAAUCAAGUCAGGCCAAGGGAAGCGAAGGAGAAAGAAGCAAGUACAAAAAGCGUUCCACUCGACCUGCUGUUAGACACGUUUCAACUUCCGCCAAUACCUCCAACAGAGACGACUAAGUCAUCUACUCAAGUAGAACAUCCUUCUGGUUCUGUGUGGUUGCCUCGGAGGUCGGAUCGCAAAAGAAGACACCCAAAGAAACUUCAAGUAAAUCCUCGAUUACGUCGCUAUUAACUUUUCCAAGGGGAGGUGUUGGGAUAUUCAGAAAAAUAUCCCAAAAACAAUUAUCCGGUUAAGUCUAAUGCUACCCUUGAACGUUAAAUGGUGUCAUUUUCCUAUUGGACGUUUCCCUACUAAUCAAUAUUUAUUUCGCGUGUCAUUUCCCCAUUGGUCAAUAUUAUUUCACGUGUUAUCUUUCUGUUGGUCAAUAUUUAUAGUAAUCCUAACUGUAUAAAUAUGCAUUUGUUUGUAAAUCAUUAUUCGGCUCCUGACCCCAUAAAC